AUGCUCUCGUGGGUUUCUUCCGUCUUUGGUUCCCAGCCCGCGGCCUCUGCGCCUGCCUCUGCCCCCAAGACCCCGGAUACCCCCAAGGUUCCCGACAUCGCGGAUGCAUCCAGUCAAGGCCAGGUCCUCCGGUCUGCAUCGAUGGAUGAGUCGCCCACCCUCCAGAACCAAGUUCCACCCAAGCUCAAAGUCUCAAACGACGAGUGGAUCUUCCUGGCCAAAUCCGACGACGAAAUCAGCAUGAAGUCGCUUCCGGACCAGUUCGACUCGGACUCGGAAACCGAGCUGGCGUCCGGACCCGUCAUCGAGACCACCCCGCCGGGCCCGGCCAAGACGCAGUCCGGCGACGAAAAGCAAUUCCAGGUCAAGAAGACCCGCCGUGGCCGAAAGCGCAGAGGCCCUGUCUCGCCCACCGAUGCCAAUGGCCCCGCCCCCGAGUCCGCCGAGGCCGGUGCGUCGCUGCCUGCAACCCCGGCUCGGCAUGCUGUCCGGGGCAGCAGCGGCUCUGCCAGCGCAAGCGGCUCCCCGGUCGGCCCUGCUCAUCUGGUGCCUUCUGUGGGCUCGGGCGAGUCUGGCCCAGAAAGCGAGCCCGACCAAGACCAGCAGGAGCUGGACCUGUUGGACCUCGUCGACAUGGCCCGCUCCCGCGGAACCCAGAAGCAGCGCCGCAUGGACGCGCGAGCCGCAUGGCUGGCUCAGCAGAAGCGGGUUGUCCGCCCGUCGUAA